AUGUUUCGUUUCGCCAUCCUCAUGUUACUCUGUUGUGCCAUCUCCAUCAGUGCAGGGCUGAUUAAGAAACGCUCUGCUUCCCAUUCUGGCGAGUAUGGGGGAAAUGGAGGAAAACGUUUCUCGCAUGCCGCAAACCAAUUGGAUGGGCCCAUCACUGUCCUUAAGAUCCGUACAAACCGAUUAUACAUUACAGGCCUCCAGGUCCGGUACGGGAAGGUGUGGAGCGACUAUGUGGGAGGCCAAUCAGGUGACUUGCACACGAUUGCACUGGAGCCCGGAGAGUCCAUCGUCCAAGUCUCUGGGAGGUCUGUUAAGUACCUCCGCAAACUUGAAUUCCUCACCAACCUUGGACGCCGCUUCUCUUUUGGAGCCGACGCAGGCACCAGUUUUACUGCCCUUCCAGUCUUUCCAAGAGCUGUCCUGUCAUAUCUCAGUGGCCGCUCGGGUAACGUCAUUGAUGCCAUCAGUUUCCACUGGAAUGUGAAGUGCACUCUAGAAUCAGGACAUUGAGAACUAAACUGUUCAGUGAAUGGGAGAAGGCAGGGGAGGUCUGUCUUUCCCUCCAACUCUGUGGGCUUUCUCUCUCAUUGCUAUAUAUAAUGAUUCCUUCAGCCACCUCAAAAUUCAAGAAUUGUUAUCCACUUAAUUUCCCAAUUCCAGUACUUCUUCCGGCCCCCUACUUCUUCUCCCUUCAUCUGUCCACAUAGGCACACUUUGCCCACCUGCUCCGCCACCGUUUCCAUGUCCACCAGUUCACCCCAACAAGUCUUCUGUCCUUCCUUGGUUCAAGCAACUGCCCACGCCUCCCGUUCCUGCCCCAUGUCUUCAUGGCUUCCUCUCCAGACAGCAGAGGAGCUUUGCUGGCAAUGAC